CUGAAAUCCUUGGCACGUCGUUGGUAUCUUCUGGUCACAAAUAUAAUAAAACCUCCAUAAAAAAUUGGAGCGAGUUUUUUCGUACCCAAUCCCGCUCACAGGCGACCGACUUCCGACGACGAGCAGCUCAAUGCCCUACUCUCUCUCUCAUUCCGUAAACGCUUCAAUUUUCGGCAGUCUUUGAAAUCUAGUUGCGUUGCUUUAGAAACAUAGGUUUUCUGUAUUUCCUUGUUGUUCCUUUGAUUUUCCGAGGAAGGCGAUGGUGGGGGUAGUGGCGGCUGCAUCACGAGAGAGAAUCGCGAGACGAAUACAUACAUUAAAGCACGUCUCCGCUGCCGCCGCAGACGUUUCGUUGAAGCUCGGCCAACUGCGGAGGCUCCGGGAGGAGCUCGCGACCGUUAACUCUGUGCUGCUCGUGGAGUUCCUCGCUCCUAUCCUUGACCUCUUAUCAGACGGUUUGAGCCCUGUUCGCAAAUUGGUUACUCAGAUUGUCGGUGAAAUUGGUCUGAAGCACUUGGAGUUGUUACCUGAAAUUGUUCCGGCACUAUUAAAUGUUUUGAAAGACGACACACCCGCUGUUGCUCGACAGGCCAUUUCAUGUGGUAUCGAUAUAUUUCGUUGUUCUCUGGUCACACUUGCGAUCCAGGGCUUAUACUCUAGUGAAUUCAAUGAAUCAACAAGAUCAGCAUGGGCAAGUGCGCUAAAGUUUAGAGAUGAAAUAUAUUCAAUGGCAUCAAAGGUGGGAAAUGAUGGGAGAAGGUUGCCAGCAUUGAAGUUUGUAGAAUCAGUUGUGCUACUGUAUACGCCUGAUCCUAAUGGAUCCUUGGAGCCACCUCCUGAUCAGAUCUCUGAAGGGAAGUUUGAUGAAUUCAACGUGUCAUGGCUUCGUGGUGGCCAUCCUAUGCUCAAUGUUAGAGAUUUAUCAGCUGAAGCAAGCAAAAGCUUGGGAUUACUGCUCGAUCAGCUUAGAUUUCCAUCUCUGAAGUCACAUAGUUAUUUGAUGAUUGUUGUACUUAUUAAAAGCCUAUCGGCAGUAGCAACAAAGAGGCCUGCUUUUUAUGGUCGUAUACUGCCAGUUUUACUUGGACUGGAUCCAUCAAACUCUGUUGGAAAAGGCAUGCAUCUAGCGGGGGUGCAUCAUGCACUGAAAAAUGCUUUUGAAUCUUGCUUAAAUUGUUCGCACCCUGGUGCUGCACCGUGGAGGGAACGACUUGUUAGUGCACUGAAUGAAAUUAAAAUUGGGAGGCCAACUGAACCGGUUGCAAAUGAAUUUCCAGAGAACUUUGGAAAAACAGAUUUGACAAGUGAUUCACACGAGGAAAAGCCUGCUACGGUAAUGGUGAUGGAAAAUAGCACCGGUAGUAGGAAAAGAGCUGCAGCAGUGCUGUCCACAUCAGAGUUCACUGAGGAUGACAUGGUCAGGAAACGUGGACGAUCAACACCUGACAACUCAGGAAGCAAGGGCAACGUAACGAGUGAGGGACUGGAAAGGGCCCACGCUCCAUCUAGUUCAGACGUUGAUAAUGGACCUGUACAGCAGCUUGUGGCAAUGUUUGGUGCCUUGGUUGCUCAGGGUGAGAAAGCAGUUGCUUCCUUGGAGAUUCUCAUUUCAAGCAUAUCAGCUGACUUGUUAGCUGAAGUAGUUAUGGCUAACAUGCGGAAUCUCCCUGUGAGAAGCCCUAAAUCCGAGGAGGAUGAAGAGUUUCUUGACGAUAUGGCUGAUCAUCCUGACACGAUUGGAAGUGAUACUCACAUCAAACAUUUGUCUUUGCUUCUUACGGACAUACUUUCACAGUCUAAGUCUUCUCCAAUGGAAGUAACUGGAACCAAGGAUUUGCGUCAUUCAGUAUCCAAUGAUCUUGAGGCAUGUGCUGUUUCUUACUUAAGCAUAACUUUUUGGUGCUUUAUGUUAUCUCAAACUCAAGAAGAGGAGGAACCUAAGUUGAUGUCAGUUGAUGAUAAUGCAGCAUAUGAUGACAUGAGUUAUGCAAGUCUACAAGCAACAGCUCCUAUCACUGACUCGGUUUUUCCUGAAGACAAUCCAUCCGAGGUGCAGAUAGGUUUUACAGUAACUACAUCCGAGGUCAAUGAUGAUGGUUUGGAAAAUGAAAUUCCUGGACUUGCUUCGUCCUCUCAGGAUGAAAGAAUGCCUGAAUAUGCAGCUGAUUCUUCAAAGGACUUGGCUGAGUUAGAUGAUUCGAAUCAAGAGAAAUUCACUAAUGCAGUUGGUUCAUUGGUAGAAUCGGAUAGGAUAUCAGUAGAGUUAGCUAAUUCGAUUUCUGUGGAUAAGUCUGAGGAGCUUAGCCCUAAAGAAGCUGUAAUGGAUACAAACAGCAUGAAUUCCUCAACUGCAACUUCUGUUGGAUUGAUUUCACAGUUGGUUCUACCUAAGUUAUCUGCUCCUGUCAUCCACCUUGCUGAUGAACAAAAGGAUAAGUUACAAGAACUGGCUUUUGUGCGGAUAAUUGAUGCAUACAAGCAAGUCCCUGCGUCCGGUGGAUCUGAACUCCGUUUUUCGAUACUUGCCCAUUCGGGAUCGGAGGGGCACGAGUUAACGUUGCGCGUCCUAUACAGGUUGUUUGGUGAGGCAGAAGAAGACAGUGACUUUUUCAUUUCAACUACUGCGACAUCUGCUUAUGAGACUUUUCUUCUGCAUGUGGCAGAAACACUGCGGGAUUCUUUUCCAGCUUCUGACAAAUCUCUGAGUAGAUUGCUUGGUGAAGUCCCAUAUUUGCCGAAGUCAAUAUUUGAAAUGUUGGAGAGCUUGUGUACACCUGGUAUGAGUGAUAAAGAUGGUAAGGAGUUGCACAGUGGAGAUCGAGUUACCCAGGGGCUCAUGGCAGUAUGGAGCCUGUUGUUGAUGAGACCUCCAAUUCGUGAUGCUUGCCUUCAAAUUGCUUUGAAGAGCUCUGUUCAUCACUUGGAAGAAGUGCGGAUGAAGGCCAUACGCCUGGUGGCGAAUAAGCUCUAUCCUUUGACAUUUAUUUCUGAAGAAAUUGAAAAGUUUGCAAAGGAAAAGUUACUAUCAGUUGUCAUGGAUGAUCAAACAUCAAAAAUAGAGGCUGAUGAACCCCAUGCUGAACUACAGAUGGACCAAAAUCCGUCUAGUGAAAGUCAGACAGUGACUUUGGCUGCUAAUGAGACUAACCCUGAUGGUCAUCAGUCCACAACAUCUGAAAGCACUUCAUCAAUAGCCGUGGCUGAGGUGCAACGUUGCAUGUCACUGUACUUUGCAUUGUGCACGAAGAAGCAUUCCCUUUUCCGGGUAAUAUUUGAUGUUUAUAAAGGCACAUCACAAGUAGCAAAGGAGGCAGUUCAUCGUCAAAUCCCCUUACUUGUUCGAACUAUUGGCCCAUCCCGUGAUCUACUUGAUCUACUAUCAGACCCACCAAGUGGAAGUGAUGGGCUUGUAACUCAGGUUGUGCAUACACUGACGGAUGGAACUGUUCCUUCCCCAGUGUUAGUAUCCACAAUUAAGAGAUUGUAUGAUACAAAGAUAAAGGUGACUCUGAUACUCUCCUGUAUUGUGUUCAUUAUCUCAACCCAUCCUAGUUUUUCUGUUUUAGUCUCCUUUCUAAAGGACGUGGAUGUUCUGUUUCCAAUAUUACCAUUCCUGUCAAGAGAUGAGGUGUUACUUCUUUUUCCACGUCUUGUGAGUGCACCGCUAGAUAAAUUUCAAGUUGCGCUUUCUCGUGUUCUCCAGGUCACAGAUGCCUGCAAUGCUUGUUUUGAGCAGCCACAAAUAUUUACUCAACAAGUUCUUGCCAAGGUCUUGAAUCAAUUGGUUGAGCAAAUUCCCCUUCCUAUGUUAUUUAUGCGUACAGUAUUGCAGGCUAUAGGGGCUUUUCCUUCUCUGGUGGAAUUUAUAAUGGAGAUUCUUUCUCGUCUAGUAAGCAAGCAGAUUUGGAAAUACCCUAAGCUAUGGGUGGGAUUCGUGAAGUGUGCUCUUUUGACGAAGCCACAGUCUUUCAGUGUUCUUCUUCAGUUGCCUACAGCACAGCUUGAAAAUGCACUGAAUCGGACACCUGCUCUCAAGGCUUCCUUAACUGUCCACGCAAGCCAACCGAACAUAAGAUCUUCCCUUCCAAGGUCUACGCAAAUGGUUCUUGGUCUUGUGUCCGAGCCACAAACAUCCGCUCAAACACAACAGCCAACUCAAACUCAAAUUGAGGCCGGUGACUCGGAAAAAGAAGCAGUUACGGAAAAGUCGAAAGAAUCAUCUAGCACCGCCAGUUGAUCCGAAUAGUCAAGGCCGUUCAUUAUUAUGAUUGCACACGGGAUGAAAGGAACUGAUGACGAGUACACCAGUAUGAUUUAUCAAAUGUACAACGAAAUAGAGACAUGGAGAGGAAAAUGAAAUUGACUAAUUGCAGUUUGAAAAUGAUCAGGUAAGUGUAACAAGUG